AUGGACCACCCGACGACACUAUCGCGGCGAGAGCUGCCAAAGACAACCAUGAUAUACAUCAUUGUCGGCGUUAUUGUCGGCGUAACUUGCACUGCCGGAGUCAUUGCUUUCUUGGUGAUCAGACAUCGCAAAGGCCAAAAGUACAGCCAGCUGAGAAAGAGAAGCUCAGUUGCCACAACGACGCGAGAGUCUUACAGGAAAAGCAUCAUGUCGACCGUUUCCGAGGUGGACGACGCCCAGAGGCAGGCCAUGAUUCGGAAAUCGCUUGCGACUCGAAGCUCUAUGAUGACGUUGAAUAUGGACUCUGGCUCGAUUUAUACUGCGCCUCAUCCGCUGGACCGCACCUCGUCUCAUUUCCUAUACCGUCCAGUCUCUCACCCGUUAGAAGAAGCCAUUACAGAAGCCGAACCCGCUACAGAAUCGGCUGUAGAAACCGCUGCAGAAACCAUUGCAGAAACCACUGCAGAAACCGAGGAGCCGCUGCCCCCUCCGUCGCGAGAUGAGGAAUCGUUGAUCGGCCUCAAGGCAGAUUGGAAGGAAUGGGAGGCGAGGCUACACGAGAACCAAUCCCUCUCGCUCGACUUUCAUCCAGCUGUGGCGCAUCCAGCUUUAGGGGAUCCAGCUGCAACGCACCCGGCUUUAAGGAAUCCAGCUGUACCGCCCUCACGAAAGGAUUCUACCGGUUCGAAUGGCUCCGCUGGUGAAUAUCGUCUGGAUGCUGGUCCGCCAUCUCAAGCACAUCUCGGCCUUGCUACAUCCGAGCUCGACCGGCGCUCAGAACCCCCCCUUAGCCGGCCACAUUCAGUCGUUUCCCUCGAAUCUACAAGGUCGCUGCCGAUGAGGUACGAGGUUAAACGGGACUCGCGCGCUCCCCAUCAACUACACCAGUCGUGGACUCGUUCUUAA